AUGUAUUCAAUAUUUCAGGCAGAUUUUCUUAAAGAACUUCCAUCUUAUGAUGAAAACAACUUCUCCAGAUUCAACUCAGAAAGUGGCUUGAAGUCAAGUGUUAAAAAGCCGUCAGUGUAUAUUUGUACCAAAGAUCACCCUUCAGAACAAGUGAUAACGACUGAGAAGACCAAUAUUUUGUUGCGAUAUUUGCAUCAACAAUGGGAUAGAAAAAAUUGUACGAAGCGUGAUUCAGCAAAAGCCAAUCUUGAAGCUUCUGAGGGACCAUGCCCUGUGAAAAUGGCUCGACUUUCACAAGAAGAUUCUACGUAAUCUCUUGGACUUGUGACAUUUAGAUAUAUUUUAACCUUGUAUCCGGGACACGGUUCACAACACAGCAGUGUUCAUUAAACAUGAUGUUAUAAGAUGUUUUCUGUAAAUUUACAUUUACGUCAAAAGCAACCCCAUCUAAUUAAAUGAGCCUUGUUCUGAGAAAACUGGGCUAAAUGCUUGUGCGUAAAGUGUCGUCCCAGAUUAGCCUGUGCAGUCCGCACAGGCUAAUCAGGGACGACACUUUUCGUCUUAACUUUAUUUUCGGUAAGGAGGGACUUGCUUGAAACUAAAAAUACCAUAAAAGCGGAAAGUGUCGUCUCUGAUUUGCCUGUGCUGACUGAACAGGCUAAUCUGGGACGACACUUUACGCACAUGCAUCAUGCCCAGUUUUCUCAGAACAAGGCUCAAAUAAUCAUAUUGGUUGGCUAAUGGGAGAUUGAUGUCAUAAACCAAUGGUGGGGCUUUAUGUGUUCAGGAGGUUGGCCAGGAUUUAUUACUUAAAAACAAAUUGGGGUAAUUUGGAAUGUCGAUUGCCCAUCAACUUGAAAUCAGAGUUGUUUACGCACAAAUAUGCAUGUGAUAGUUAUCAAUUACUGAUCAUGGUGUUUGUAUAAGUGAUUGUUCUCAAUGUAUAUUUCUUUAAACCGUGUUGUUUUUUAUGUUUUGUAUUAUAAACAAAAGUGCUGAUGGUUCGGUUACUCAGAGUUAAUGAGAAUAUUGGUUUUUCAUCUGACUCUUCCAAAGUCUUUCCAACAAAAUGUGGCUAUUGAUCUUUUUGAAGUGUGCAAUGUACAAAGUACAGUUGUGUAUGCUGAUUUGUUUUACCAGUUUUGUUGCAAAGGCCAGUGUUUUAUAAUACAUGUUUGACACAAUGUCUUAAUGGAAGCUUGUUUUGUUUUGUGUAGAAUAUAUUUUUGUGAUAUGCCUAUGUUGCGCAUUUAGCUUUUCAGUUCAAUAAUUCAUGGUACUAUUCCAUGUCAGUAGACUCUUAAUAUUAAGUUUCAUUUCAGAAAGUAUUGUAUUAAAAAUAGCAUGCCUAUGAUAAUCAUAAAGAACAUUUGCACUGCUAAGAUAUAACUUUUCUUAAUUAUUUUCACAUCAGUAUAUUGUCAUUUUAUUGAACACUUGAUUCCUUCUUCUUUUUUUCUUUGAUGUCUGUUUUCCUAAUUAUUUUUAUUUAAAAUUGAUAUUUAACCUUACUUUGCUAUUUUGAAUAUUCUCUUUUUCAAACCAGAAAAUUUGGUCCAAAUACCUGUUUUCAUGUGUUUUUAUCAAUUUUAACUCACCUGAGCAAAAAGUGCUAUAGUUUUUAGCAAUAGUGAUAACCCCGUGUCCAGCGUUUUUUCUCAUGUGGUGUGCAUCGUAAACUUUUUCCUGGUUACAUCUCUAGAGGCCCCAUUUUUCAUCCAAUUUAUAAGAAGCUUUGUCUGAUUGUUCUUAUGAACAAUGUUGGUUAUGGUGUUUGAAUCUGGGUCAUGUGCGCCCAAAUACAUUGUUAUUGCUCUAGAGGUCAUAUUUAUAACUCAAUCUUCGUGAAACUUGGUCAGAUUGUUUAUCUUGACAUUUUCAAAGUUCAAUUUAAAUCUGUGUUAAGUGUAGCCAAAAGCUAGGUCACCAGGUUAUAUCUUAGAAAAAGCUUGAAACCACUAUAUAGGCCACAUGUUAGACUCAAAUUGGAUGAAACUAGGUUAUUAUCGUUUAUAUUGACAAAAUCUAGGCUGUCUGAGUUUGAUACUGACUUGCAUUUUUCCUAAAACAAUUUCACCUAGCCAAGUAAAAAAUACUUAUUACCACUCUGGAAGCCAUAUUUAUGACUUAAUCUUGAUUAAACAUGGUCAGAAUGUUUACCUUAACAACAUCAAUCCAAAUCUUGGUCAAGUGGCCUGAAUGACAAUAAGGUCACCAGGUAAUGUUUUUAAAAAUGUUCCACAAACUCAGAUGAUCACUUUAAGUCCACAAGUCCCUAUUGUUUCACUAGUCUCAUCGGACAAGCAUAUUACUUGUCCAAACCUUUAUUUUGGUUGUCCUGGACUAUCGUGAAUGUAGAGCCCUGUGGAAAUGGUGUUAAUAAUUUGGUGCUUUUCUUAUGUUUGUAUUUUAAUGGUGCACACUUUUUAGCUGACCUGAGGACAAUAUUCUCAUAGUGAGAUCAUGUGAUCACCUUUUGCCUGUUGUUUACUGAGCGAUGGCUUUUGUCAACAUUGGUGUUUGGAACACUGAAGAGGCCACAUUUUUGCCCAAUCUGCAUAAAGCUUUCUUAGAAUAUUUUAGAAUAUCUCGUCCGAGUUUAAAAAUUGUUCCCCAAAAACAUCCACAGGGGAACAGAGAAGUUUUCUGUUUUGGCUUGUGUGAGCCUUCUAGAAGUAACAUUUUUAACCCAUUCUUCAGGGUACUUUUGUUUAAUGAUGCCUCAUACGAGUUUGAAAAUGGCUCCAGACGAUUUAAAAAUAUGGCUCCUGGUUGCAGGGCAGUAAUCCUUAACACUUUUGACAUAACACUUUUUGGCUUGGCUAUUUACAGAAUAGUCUGCGUAAUGCUCCAGUUUUGUUAAGCAUGCAACAGCUACAUACCACUGUUUCUACUACGGAUAUUCCUUUGAAACUUCACACAUUUGUUUGCAGUCAUUGUAUGAGGUCACUUACCAAAUUCCAUUACCUCCAAUUCAAUAGAAUUAUACCCCUUUUUGUACUCAGAAAAUUAUGGUGAAUGUUUGUGUGCAUCUACUCCUUAUCUCUAUAUCUUCUAAAUAUAUUGAAAUAAAAGUGUAUUUAUGUGUUUAAGGCCUUUAUGAACCUUAACAGACCAAGACCUAUACCUGUUGCAAGCUUAUUAGGAGGAUCAUGUCCCCUUUGGGACUUAUACAAGUCUGGGUAAGGUUUGCGUCAAAGAUGAGAUGUAGGUCAAAGCUAUUUACCGGUAUUUAACGUUUAGUACUUAUCUCUAUAACUACUACAGAUAUUAAAUUGAAAACUCACACAUGUUUUGGAUAUCACCAUGUUAAGUCACAGACCAAGACCCAUGCAGAAUUAUGCCCAUGUUUGAACUGAAAUUAUUUCAGGAAAAGUAAAACAUGGGGUUGCAUUGCAAAAUAAAAAUUUGUGUCAGUCAGCUAGGAUAGACAUACUGGGCUGAAUUUGUGUGUUGGUAGGUUACAGGCUGAUCUAGCGAGGAAUUUGAUUUGGGGCCAUUGGGAUCUAGCGAGGGAUUGCAUUUUGGGCCAUUGGAAUCUAACGAGGGAUUGCAUUUUGGGCCAUUGGGAUCUAGCAAGGGAUUGGAUUUGGGGCCAUUGGGAUCUAGCGAGGGAUUGCAUUUUGGGCCAUUGGGAUCUAGCGAGGGAUUGGAUUUGGGGCCAUUGGGAUCUAACAAGGGAUUAGAUUUGGGGCCAUUGGGGUCUAGCAAGGGAUUUGAUUUGGGGCCAUUGGGAUCUAGCAAGGGAUUUGAUUUGGGGCCAUUGGAAUCUAGCAAGGGAUUUGAUUUGGGGCCAUUGGGAUCUAGCAAGGGAUUGGAUUUGGGGCCAUUGGGAUCUAGCGAGGGAUUGGAUUUGGGGAAAGUGGAAAGUAUUAGGAAAAUUCUUUAUGCUAAAUCACUUUGGUUUUGGAUGGAGGUAUUUUUUCCGUAAUUUUGUGUGUAAGUUACACGCAGACCUAGGUUAGGAUUGCAUUUGAUGCCGUUUGGGACAAGACACUUUAACUUAAAAUAGAAAAAAUAGUUUAUGCUAUGCUCAAUCACUUUAGUCUGGAGGCAGAUAUUGUGUUUUUAUUUCUUGUACGUUGUUAUUAGGCAGACCUUACUUGAAAAAUCAAUUUCAUUCACCGAUAAUAAUUGGUUAAAAAAAUUCUUGACAGAAUUUGAAAAUGAUACCUUAUGAACAAAUCUUUACAGAUCUGUUUUGUUGUUUGGGGAUCUCAGGUGAGCACACUAUGUCAUUUGGUCUUCUUGUUUCUUAAAAUUAAAUGAUGAUUUAAAUUUGUUCUUGUACAUAAGUGAUACUUCUCUCAUUUUAGUUUGAUAUUUAUGUUAUAAUCUUAGAAUGAAAGAUUCUCUAAUACUAAUUCUUAUGUAAUUUUUUAGUUUAAUUUAAUCCAUUUAUUGAUCAAUGUGAAAAUGUUGAUUUAUUGUAUUUAAUUAAUGUAUUUAGUAUAAUUAGUUUAUAGGUAACAAUUCGUUUACAAUGAUUAAACAUGGUAAAACUAAUCUGCGCAGUUACACCUGUAUACUAGGGAGCAUUACAAGUAUGUGAAGAAAUUGUUGAAUGUUUGCUUAUAUUAUUUGUUAAUAUCUGAAAUCAUAUGCUUCUCUCUAAUAUAAAUAAGCGGCAUUAUGCGAAAAUGGAUCUCCUGUCACAUGCGCACUUGCUGGUCUGGAGCUGUGCUGACUGAAUUUGGCAAAAGACCCAUUUUAGCAUGACGGGGCUAAAAUGUGUUCAAGGCAUGUUCUGAAUACCAGAUACCUUUCAGAUAGAUGGGAAAAAAGCAUUAAAUUUGGAAUUGGUGAAAUCAUAACUGCACAAGCUCUAGCAUAGAAAGAAUAUUUGCUUUGCAGAAGUUACUAUGAUUUGAAUGCCAUCAGCAACAUAAAAUCUAUGGAAAUGAAAUGAGUUUGUCCAACUUUAUUGUCAAGGUGAUCUUUUUAGCAUUAUGAGAUACAUAUACAAAAAAUAUUAUAUUACAUAAUACCACCUAAACACAAAAGGUGUAGAAAAUGUUAGCAUUAUUGGAUAUGAAUACUGGUAUAUACAAAUAUUACUUAGGUAUAGUUGGUUAUUCAAAUAAAAAUGCUUUUGUUUGUAUAAUGACAACAUAUUUAGUGAUUUCUAACCACACACACUUACAUGUAGGCCUUUCAAAGACUUAACAGAAUGUACAAAUGUUUUACAAAUCUGUCAAAAAAUAAAUUUCUUACUUUUUGUGUGCUAAACAGAAUUAUAAAUUUGUUGUGUGAUGUGUGACUGUCUAUGUCAGUCCCUAUUACAGCACAUGUGUACGCACAUAGCACACAGUGAUUACUUUUAAGUAAACAUGGCAUAAAGGAUGUUCACUGUUGUUACAGGGACUUUUCCAUAGAUUUGUGUAUAUUUUGAAGAGUACGGACUGGUGUAUAAACUUAAAAAAAAUUAACAAAAGCAAUAACUGAUUUCAUCCUUAAAAAAUAAUCUUAUACACAUGCUUGCACUUGUUAGUACCGUGUUUGUAAAGUUUGACUUUUUGGAUUAUGUGUUUUAACAAUGUAUUUGUAACUAAUGUAUUACUUGUAGAGACAUGCUUGUGUUUAAAUGGGCCUUGUAGUUACAUCAGCCUUGAGUGAUCUUUGUUUUAUCUGCACAUGUGUUAUUGUUUUGACAAAUGUUACGCUUCAAGUUACUUUCAUUUUAUGUUGAUUGAAAAAUAUGUGUGUUACAUGAUAAAAUCCAUUACAUAAUGGAAUAAAAUUUCAAUCUCUA